AGCAUGAGUGCAUUCUUCUGAUCGUACAUUGCUUUUACCAACCUCGAGAAGAGCCAUGUGAAAGAACCCCACAUCCACAUUCGAUCACCCCGCCCUUUCCCUCGUCAUUCUUUUAGACCGAAUCCAAUCCUUGCUGCUUGCAAUUGUUCUUCAAGACUGCAUCGAGAUCAAGAAGUCCGCCGUUGCACCUCAUCAUGGCGCCCUCCAAAGAUCUUCCCGCGAUCAGAGCCUGUCUAUUCGACAUGGACGGCCUCCUCAUCGACAGCGAAGACAAGUACACGAUCUGCACAAACGAGGUGCUGAAGAGAUACGGGAAGCCUGAAUUGCCAUGGCAUAUCAAGGCACAGAUGCAAGGCAGACCAGGACCCUCAGCUGGAAAGAUCUUUCAGGACUGGGCACAGCUGCCUGUUCAGCGUGAAGAAUACAUGGCUCAAGUCAACGAAUCGCAACGCAAACACUUCCCGACCUGCAAACCUUUGCCCGGUGUACCAGAGUUACUCUCAACGCUGGCGAGAAGAACCGACCCACCAGUAUCGAUCGCACUAGCAACGAGCUCGCACAAAGGCAAUUUCGAGUUGAAGACGGGACACAUGGCGGAGCUAUUCGACGUAUUCGAGCAGGAGCAUCGCGUGCUGGGCGACGAUGAGCGGAUACCUGCUGGCCGAGGCAAGCCUGCGCCGGAUAUCUACCUGUUGGCAUUGGAGACUAUCAACGCGAGGCUGAGACGGGAGGGCAAGAAGGAGAUUGCGCCGGCGGAGUGUCUUGUGUUCGAGGAUAGUGUACCCGGCGUGGAGAGUGGACGGAGAGCUGGCAUGCAAGUUGUUUGGUGUCCUCAUCCGGGCUUGCUGAACGAGUAUAAGGGUCGGGAGGAGGAAGUUCUGGCUGGUCUGACUGGGGAGAUGAAAGAAUCAGGGGAGAAGAUGCCAGCGCCAGGAGCAAUUGGAGAUGGGUGGGCGAGGCUGUACUCCUCCUUGGAGGGAUUCCCGUACGCGGACUAUGGACUGCAAGUCAAGGAUGGUGAGAAGUUGUGA